AUGUUCUUCGAGAAUUCUUUGCUGCAGGCCAGGACCCGAUAUCAACUAAUUGCCACGGUUUUGGUUAAUAUCAUUACAUUUACUCAUGGCGUGGGUGUGGGUUGGCUAUCGCCCACUCUAACCAAAAUAUCCAGUUCCGACUCUCCGCUGGACUUUCACGUCAACAUCGAUGAGAUAUCCUGGAUGGGCUCAAUGUUGGGUUUGGGCAGCAUGUGUGGCAAUCUUACUAUAGCUUUUCUCUUGGAACGACUUGGUAGAAAGUUUUGCAUUUAUCUAUUGGCCGCUCCCAAUGUGUGCCUUUGGAUUCUCAUUUACUCGGCCUCAAAUGUGGGUUUCUUGUAUGCUGCACGCUUUCUCUGUGGCUUUACAGGCGGUGCAGGGUAUUCGGUCUUGCCAAUAUUCAUCAGUGAAAUAGCUGAUAGCAGCAUACGAGGAGCCUUAAGUUCCAUGGUCAUGCUUUCGGUGAAUCUUGGAAUUCUGGCUGGGUUUAUACUUAGCAGUCAUCUGUCCUAUCAGGUUGUGCCACUAUUGGCCAUUUGCCUGCCCGUGCUCUACUUUUUGACUGCCCUCUUGCUACCUGAAACUCCAUCGUAUCUGCUCAGACACAGCAGGCAGAAAGAAGCUGAGAAAUCUUUGAGAUUCUACAAGAACCCCAGAGAAAAUGAUGAGGAGCAAUCCUUUAAAAUGGACUUCGAAGAGUUGCGCUCGAAUAUAGCAGCCCAGCAGGCCUCGACCAACGAAAGAUUAAGCUUCAGGGAUUUGCUAACCAAACCCGCUCUCAAGGGCUUUGCAUCGGCUAUGGUUCUGACUCUGGGCCAUCAAUGCAGUGGCAUAUUCAGUUUCGUGAACUAUAUGUCCACAGUGUUCGCAGCCUCUGGUUCUGUAUUCGAUGUAAACACCUGCACCAUUAUCAUUGGAGUUUUCCAAAUUAUUGGCGUCUAUACCUCCACCAUGUGUGUGGAUAUUAUUGGACGUCGUAUCCUAAUGUUGAUCUCCACUUUUGGCAUUGGCCUGGGAUGCAUUCUCUUUGGCUUCUUUACUUAUUACGCUCAGCAAUAUGACUUGAGCAGAUGGAAUUGGAUUCCCUUAGUGCUGAUGAUCAUAUUGGUUUAUCUGGCCAAUGUAGGUCUAAAUGGAUUAAUUUUUCUUGUCCUGGUAGAGCUUUUCCCAGCCAAGAUACGAUCGUUGGCUACUUCUAUUUCAUUGGUAUUUCUAAGUGCAAUAGUCUUUGGAACUUUAAAACUGUUUCCAUUGAUGCUUCACUAUCUGGGCAUAUCGGUGACCAUGUGGUUUUCAGGCUGUUCUUGUUUCAUCACAUUUCUAUACUUUUUCAUCUGCCUCCCAGAGACCAAAGGCAAGUCAAUGAUUGUAGAUUGA